GCGUAUGUUUCUCUACACUCCUUAUAAUAGUCGACGCGUGCAACUCGUUAGAAAUCUCAGAAUCGAGUCACAGUUGUGUAUCGACGUUCUUUGAGCAUCCUGCGAGAAAACCCACAGUUGAACCUGUGAGUUGACAGGUGUCCCGGUAUUCCUCGAGACAAUUCUAUACACGUUUACACAUACAGAAAGACAUGGGAAGACCAAACAUAUUGCCUCAAAAACAUAACAAUCACCGGAGGAUUUGAUGAAUUAAUUCGAGGAUCUUCAGUGGCGAGAGGUAUCUUAGAGGACAGGAACAAUUCAACAGCUGGUUCUGUAAGAAAAUGGACGAGUCACCAACAAAGCAUUUGCUCAGCUCUAAGAAGAGAGUCAAAAUCCAUCCGAACACUGUCACAGUCAAGUAUGCCACUCACUUUCCCCAGCCUGGAGAUGAGGGCUAUGAUGAUGCUCCUUCCUUUGAAGACUUUGGCUCGUUUGUUGAGGAGACCUCAGACAGGAAGAAUCUCACUGCCAGUAAGUCAGGCAGGACUUUAUUUGGUUCACUGGACAGUCAGUCCAAACCACCAGGGGAUCAAAAGGAUAAAGGUGUUGGAGGUCAGCUUCAGAGCUUUGGGGAGGCCUCUGUAUUUGCCUCCCGUAUGACAUGGGGCGCUCUGUUUGGGGCGGCUCUUGCUCAUGGCUGUGUGGCUCUCAUCACACGUCUGGCUGCCGACCGCUCUAGGGUCCCAUCACUAGAGCUUCUCUUUAUCCGCUCUGUCAUCCAGGUGUUGUCCAUAGCGGUGGUGUUUUACUACCAGGAGCCACCCUUUGGGCCCAAAGGCUACAGAUUGCGGCUUUUCUUCUACGGCGUGUGCAAUGUCAUCUCCAUCACAUGUGCGUAUACCUCCUUUGCCAUUGUGCCACCCAGCAAUGGCACCAUCAUGUGGAGAGCCACCACAACGGCUUUCAGUGCUAUACUGGCAUUUUUACUUAUUGACGAGCGACUAGGACUGACAGAUGUGGUGACGGUGAUCAGUAGUGUCUUUGGUCUUUGCUUGGUUAUGAUUCCCAACAUUGUAGGUGAGCACAGGUCUCUGGGUUUCUGGAAAGAGGCUUUUGGCUACACUAUGACAGUGAUGGCAGGCUUGAUGGCUGCCCUGUCUAUGAUAAUAUACCGGGCAAUCAAAGAGAAGGUGAGUAUGUGGGCGGCACUUUUCACCUUCGGCUGGACAGGAACAGUGUGGGGGGUGUCCACUAUGUUCAUCCUGCAAGAGCCUAUCAUUCCACUGGACGGAGAGACAUGGGGCUACCUUAUCGGCAUCUGCAUCUGCUCUACUGUGGCAUUCCUGGGGGUCUACUAUGCCCUCAAUAAGUUCCAUCCUGCACUUGUUAGCACUGUUCAGCAUAUGGAGAUUGUCGUUGCAAUGCUUCUGCAGCUUAUUGUGCUCCGUAUGGUUCCCUCCAUCUAUGAUAUCAUUGGGGGGCUUAUCAUCAUCAUCAGUGUUGUUGUGCUGACAGCCGUAAAGCUGUACUGGGUGGGGAAGAGCAAAAGACAAGAGUAUGAAGAAAUCCUUGACUCACCAAUAAAGUAAUUAUUUUGUAUUUAUAAUGUGUGAAUUGCUGCUCCCCACUGUGAUUGAGAGUAUAGUGAAUGUCUGAGAUAAAGAUCUAUGUAAAGUUUAUGUCAUUUAUAAAGUGCAAUUUGUGAAGUUGUCUACCAUUGCUGUAUGUGUCUUAAAAAGAGGAUAAUCCUUUUGCCCAUUUUAAAGAUUUUGACCUAGUUAAUCAUGUUAUGUUACAUUGGACAGUUCAGUACAACACAUCAAAUGAAACAUGAUUAGACUACAAUUCGUCAUAACGUGAAAUAAAAACGUCUAUUCUGCACAAGUAGGUCUACAUAUUGAAAAUGUGUGUGCAGGCCAGUGGAGCUGGCGGAAAUCUGCAUUAAAGAUGUAUGAUUAACUCAUUUGAAAUGACCAAGAGCGCCCCCUGUCGGUCAUUUGUGGAUAAAUGACCCUGAAAAUGGGAACGCUGUGGCACAGCCUGAUUUAAUUGAGUGAAUCGAAUCAGUUCAAAUGUGUUCUGGCAAGAGUGAGGGAUUCUGGUCCCUGCCAGAGCUUUUCUAUUAUCAUAUGAUGUCAUCAAUUCCAGUUUUAUGAGGGAAUCUGAAUCUUUAAUGACUCCUGGAAUUGUGGACAUCGUAACAACAUUUAACAGCAAAACUGAAACAUUGUAGCCUAAUAUUUAAUAUUGCAACAUUUGACAUAUGAUGUUUGGGCAGUAGAUAAUAUUCACAUAUCUGAGGUCAAGUUCAUAAAGGCAGGAUAGCAAAUCCCAAUUACUUGACAAAGUUUCCAUCAUAGCAAAGGCGACGUAGUUACUGGGUUAAAAACAUUUAUUUUCUGGGGAUGAAACAUGAAAUGUGUGAUUAUUCCAUGCGAACUGUUCAUCAUAUUACAUAUAUCAUAUUACUCCAGAAACAGGAAUGCAGUCUCCUCAUUCAAAAUCUGAGAAUGCUCAUAAUGUGUUGUUUAUUUAUUUUUAAAUAACAGCAAAGGGAAUAAUGUUUCGAAUUGAAAUAGUUCAAAAUAGUUUUUUUGUU